AUGAAUUUUAGAAGAUCACGAGCGCGGUCACAUAGAAACUCUAUGAAUAUAAUGGUUAGUACAGAAAGGUGGCGAAGUUAUAGCAGAAAACUUUCACGUCGCGAUAUAGAUACUGAGGGAAAUUCGGAAGACGACAUGCCUAAAACAGCUGAUUUAAAAGACUGGAUGGAAGAUUUAUUUUCGCAAAAUAACGUGACUAUUGAUCAGACUGACCAGGAUGUGGAAGUAAAUCUUACAAAGAAACAAACUCUUAUUCUAUCUACACUUGUACCAGAUCAAAUACUUCUCAUGGAUAAUUUCAACAGCGUAGAUUCGAAACGAUUCGUUGGCGUGUUGAUGAUGGCUGAUGUAUCAGGAUACACAGCUUUGUCUGAAAAAUAUAACAAUACAGGCAAAAGUGGUACAUACAGAUUGACAGUAACUUUAAACACAUAUUUAGGAUCUCUGAUAGAAGUAAUUUAUAGUCACGGUGGCGACAUAAUCAAAUUCGCCGGGGAUGCAUUCUUAGCUCUUUGGAAAACUGAUAAACGUACGUUUUUAUGUCACACAAUCCACACGGCGAUUGCUUGCGCUCUAAUUAUUCAGCAUUCUUAUGGAUCGUAUGAAACUGAUGUUAAAGUUAACUUAAAAGUAAAAUUAGCAAUAUCGGCUGGUAACCUUAUAUUUGCACCCAUCGAAUCUGGUAUAGACAUGAAUUACAUUAUCGUUGGAUUACCUGUACUUGAAGCUAAAAUUGCAGAAAGCCUUUGCGCAUCUGGAGAAGUAAAAUUAACGCCAACCGCUUGGGGUCAUUGUUACUCGAGAAACUAUGAUCAUGUUAUAAGCGGUGAUGGACACGUUACAAUAAAAGCAAUACUUUAUGACCCACAUGAAAAAGAUGUAAGUAAGCCUUUUCUCGGUUUCGGGGCUAUGAUCCGACAAGUUAAUAAGCCAUAUAUUGCCUUAGAAAAUGUUGCGGAUUUCCUUUUAGAUGAUUCUAAAAAUUUAAACUCAUCGGCUAUAUUGAAGAAGAAUGAAUGGUUGAGUCUCCGCAAAACAAUUUUAUUAGCUGAAGAAAGAAAUAUUGGUGCCGAUAUAAGAAAAUUUAUGAUUAGACCAGUUUUAACACAAAUUGAUGCACAUCAACCGCUGGAAUAUUUGACAGAAAUGAGACAAGUUUCUGUUUUGUUUAUAACUCUUAAGCCGAAAGAAUGUUCUUUUCCUCAACUUAUAACUAUUGUUAAUAAUUCAUAUCAAAUUACUUGUGAAAUUGUAUAUAAGUCUAUGGGUUGUGUUAACAAAAUAAUCUUAUUCGACAAAGACAUAAUGAUUUUAGUGAUUUUUGGUUUACGAGGAUUCAAACAUGAAUCAGAGGCCCAAGCUGCGCUGAAAUGUGCUUAUAGUGUAAAGAAAUCCGUGUCAGCUCUUGACGGGGUUCUCGAAGUAUCUAUUGGUGUAACUACUGGUCAAGUUUACUGCGGGGUAGUGGGCCAUCCGCUGCGCAGAGAAUUUACUGUAAUAGGCGCAAUUGUUAAUAAAGCUGCACGUUUUAUGUGUGGUUUUCAUAAUAAGAUUACUUGUGAUGAAGCUACUUUCGUUAAAAGUAAGAUGUCCAGUAAUGGAUUUACUCUACAGCAACCGGUAGAGCUCAAAGGAAUAGUUCAACCAGGUAAAAUUUUUGAAUAUACAGAAGAAAUUAGAGUAAAAGAACUCUUCAAUAUACCUUUAAUUCCACCCUUGCUUAAUCGUCAUGAUGAAAUGGAAUAUUUUGAGGAUUGGAUUAAUGAUCACCAUUUAAAAUAUAGAAGUUUUGAUGCUUUAUUGCUCAUAGGCGAAAGCCGCAUAGGCAAAUCUAGACUUUUAGAAUGGAUGGCAAGGUUUACUCGAAACGAAAAUUUCAAUGUAUGUUAUUUAUGUUUAACCUCAAUUCAUUCUGCAACGACUUACUUAGCAUUAAGUCAAAUCGUAGAACAAAUAAUGGGUCUUAAGGAGUCUUUUAGUGGAUUUGAAAAAGAAGAGCGAAUAGUUAAUCUUUUAAAAUACUAUAGUGAAGAUUUAUGCUAUUUAAAUAAUAUACUUAAAGUUCGUUUUGCAUAUCACGAAGGAAUUUACUCUCAAGAUGAAAAAGUACGGAAAGAAAAAGCAAAAAGUAUAUUUAAAAAAAUAAUUGAUUCGUUAUCUAGUACGUAUAUUAUAUUUUUAGAUGAUUUACAAAAUUUAGAUUCAUCAUCAUGGGAAUUUUUGACAAUAAUGUUUCAGUCAAUGAAAAUCUUCACAGUGCUUACUGUAACACGAGGCAAAUUUAGUAGCGUGCACAGUUGGCUAUACGCAGUUUUUAUAAACAAUAAUAUUAGAAAAGUCAUUUUAGGGUGUUUAAAUUCAAUCUGGAUCGCCCCAUUAGCAUGCCAAAUUUUGGAUGUACAUGCAGUAUCAAAGGACUUAUGCAGUGCUCUCAAAACUAAAUGUGAUGGAAUACCUGGGCUCGUGGAAACUUUUAUCGUACAUUUGUUUUCAAAUGGAGCUUUAGAAAUCAAGAAAAUUAACAAAAAUGAACUAGAAAAUUGGGCAGAUCAAGAUUUACAGUUUCCUGAUCCUGCAUUGUUACUUCCAGUUGCAUUGAACGCCAAAGAUCAAAUAGCAUUGAAUGAAUUAUUGCAAGAAAAUGUGGCUGAAAAUAUUUCUAUAUGCUUUGUUACACAAAAGGAACAGCUCAAUAUAGAUUUAAACGCACAAAAUGUGGAUGCACUUAUUAUGAUGCAAAUAGAUUCACUAACUCCUUACCAACAACUACUUUUAAAAAUAGCUUCAGUUAUAGGUAAUAUACUUUCAAGAGAUCUAUUAGAAAGCAUAAUGUACGAAAAUAAUCCUUUAACUACAGCAAAAGCAAUUAAAAGAUUAUUUGCAAUGCGCAUACUGUGUUGUGCUAAUGUUAAAUACAGUAAAGGUUCAACCUCAACAGUAAUGUCUACUUGUUCAGAGCCUGUAAUUUUAACUUGUGACUGUGUAUUUGAUUAUGAUCCAGAAUUAAAUGAUAAUUUACCAAAAUAUGCAUUUUGCAAAGCUAUGAAGUUUAAAAACAAAAAAUCAAGAAAAACAUUUUAUGAAUUAUUACCUUUAAAUCAGAAGAAAGAAUUUCACUCUCGUAUUGUAAAAUAUCUAGAAAAUAAUAAGCAAAAAUGUCCAGAAUGCGGAGGUGUAUUAAUGGUAGUGCAAUCUACAUGGAACUUACAGCCACAGGUUCCAUACAUAAACAAAUACUCCGCGGAUAUGUCAAUGCAGGAGGAAAAUAUGCAAAUACAACAUCAAAAUGAUUGUGAGAUGACAAUUGAGGAAAUAUCUCAAAUUUCUAACAACACCCAAGAAUCACUGGAAUUUCGGAAAGUAAAAUCAGAAUCGUUUAAUAAGACAAACUCUAAAACAAAUAUAGUAACCAAUUCAGAUACAAAUAUAAAAAAGCUGUCAAAUAAGAAUCUGUCCCCACAAACACCUAUUUUAAAAAUAAAGUCUAAUGAUGAUGAAGAUCGUGAUACGUGUAGAAGAUCAACAAAAAGGGUUACAAUGACUGAUGUAAAUUUUAAAAGUUUUAGCUCAGACGUUAUAAAUACAAAUACUAUAUUUGAUAUGUUAAGAGCUGUUACAGAAGCAAAGUUUAUAAGUGAAUGGCAUAAUAUGGGAGCUAUUGACAGUGACGAUUGUCUUAAAAUAGACAAAAAUGAGAAACAAAAAAAAUCUUUUUAUAUCAUCCUUGAAAAAGGUGUAUCCCAAAUUAAUUUUAAUAGAUGUUCUUGCGCAGAACUUAAUAUUAUUAUACAUGAACAACUUAUUCACCAUGCCCAGAAAGCUGAAAUGAAAAUAAAAGCAAUGGACCUCCUUAUACAGUACUGUUAUUUAAAUGUAUUGGAAAAUAAUUUUGAGAUAGCCAUUCCAAAACUUGAGGAAGCUGAAAAUACAUGUCUUGAAAAAUCUGUCACAAAAGAAUUUGAUUUACAUAAAAUUCGAUUUUUAGGAAAAAUAUAUUCUUUAAAAGCUGCUUCAUUUUUGCUAAGUGGUAGACUAACUGCUGCAAAGACUAAUAUAGAGAAAGCUGCAAGAAUUUAUCGAAUUAACUUGAGAAAAAUAUCAGACAUAUUUCAAUUACAGGACGUAUUUACAGCUCUUCGACUUAAGCACCAAAAAUAUAAUUUGCAUAAUACGCUUAUGAGAAAAGAUUCAAUUUUUUUCUUAAAUGUUGCUACUAUGCUAUAUUCCACUUUGGAUGAUGAGAGUACUUUUAGAAUAGCUGCACUUCGGUCAUUACACCUUGUACAAAAAGUUGAAUGUAAUGUUAUAGAUAUAUGUGACACUUUUACCAAUGCUAUCCAAUUGGAACUCGAUAGAGGAGUACCAGAAUCGACGGUAGAACUCGAAAAAAUGGCUAACAAAUGUCUAGAAAAUACACAUAAACCUAUUCAAGGUGACGAAUUAUUUGCUAUAGGGAAACUAUUUCUAGCUAUCUUUAGAGCUCGGACUGCUCGAGGUCAGCUUGCAGCUACAAUUCGAUCUGGUUUCAGAGCUCUUGUUAUCAGCCGAUUUUUAGGUGCUGAUAAAAUAUCCAUUGAUAUAAUUCCUGAUUUAUUUUACUUUUUGCUAUCGCGAUGCCGUAUUAAAGAAGCGGUUGAUGUUGUCAAACUUCUUAUUCAAAUGGGAGAAAAUCAUGCAACACUAGAAUUCGAAACUUGGUACUACGCUCUUUGCAUUGACAUGAUACUAGAUGCAGGUUUUCAAUUAGAAUCACCAUAUGAAAUAAGUCGUUUUGCUGAAUAUUCGAUUGAUAAAGGCAAAGCGGCCGGCGAAGGUCGUCGGCGACUCAUUGUAGGUUUAUGGACGUUUUGGUUACGAGUAGAUUCCGAACAAAAAGCAAAACGAUAUGAAACAGAAGCGCUGAAUUGGUUAGUUCAUAAUGCCGACGAAGGCUCAAUGAAAUCUAUUAUAAGCGGAAUGAGACUAGCAGAAGGAAUGUUAGAGAGCCUAGCUAAAAAAGUUGACGAUCUACGAAAGGUUGUAGAUUUAAUGGAAUUGCGUUCUUUAGCUGACCGAGAACUUACUAAUUUGGAGAAAGACAUACGUCUAUUACGAGCAAUUUAUCCCCGUUGGCUAUUAUUAAAAGCAAAUUCCUUAAGUUUAUCUGGACGACAAACAGCUGCGACUACGUUAGUAAAUCAGGCUUUGGAAGAAGCUCGAAAAAUUAACAAUCGACUAGAAGAAGCUUUAGCACUGGCUACAAAUUCAAACUCCCAAAUUUGGAUUCAAAACGCCCGAAAUUUCCGGUUUUCAUCUUGGAAUGCUAGCACUAUGAAUGCGCGAACAUCUUGGCACAAAAUCUUAUACAAGAUGACUACUAAAGGCAUA